CUACUCUUCUUCUUUUCUCCUUUAAAAAUAAACCGAUGUCUUUUAUCCUCUGUGAGGUGAAAGGUGACGAGCGGCAGUGCGACAUGACAACAUUAAGACCGUUUACUUGCGAUGACUUGUUUAAAUUUAACAAUAUCAACCUGGAUCCUUUGACAGAGACUUAUGGGAUCCCGUUUUACCUGCAGUACCUUGCUCACUGGCCGGAGUACUUCAUCGUUGCUGAGGCUCCUGGUGGUGAGCUGAUGGGCUACAUCAUGGGGAAGGCGGAGGGAUCUGUGGCUCGGGAGGAGUGGCACGGUCACGUCACCGCUCUCUCCGUCGCCCCUGAGUUCAGAAGGCUCGGCCUCGCCGCCAAACUCAUGGAGAUGCUGGAGGAAAUCUCAGAGAGGAAGGGUGGCUUCUUCGUGGAUCUCUUCGUGCGAGUUUCCAACCAGGUGGCAGUGAACAUGUACAAACGUCUGGGCUACAGCGUCUACAGGACAGUCAUCGAAUAUUACUCAGCCAGCAACGGAGAACCUGACGAAGACGCCUACGACAUGAGGAAAGCUCUGUCCAGAGACACAGAGAAGAAGUCGAUCAUCCCGCUGCCACAUCCUGUCAGACCGGAGGACAUCGAAUAACAGCAGAUUGUGGCUCUCUGCUUCAUCAUGUGAACUUUAUCAGUUACGCUGUACAUAGUUAACCUGUCACAGAGGCUGGACUCAGAGAGCCACUGAUUUGUACAAAUUUUAAUUUCCCCCAAACAAACGAAUCACCUAAUUUCCUGUAAAUUCUAAAUCAAAGAUUAAUUGAGAGAUCAUACAGCAGGCGAGUAGGAGUCUGUGUGUGUGACGGCACAGUGGAAAAGAACAUAGAAUAAAGACGUGAGCUCGUGCUCGUGA